CAGAAGAAGCCGACCCCGACAAGAAGAAGAAGAAGAAAGAGUAUAUAAAAUCAUCUCUCCUCCUCCUCCACCUCCUCCUGUUUUGUUGGAUUGAUUAUACCAAAGCGCUUUGCUGCUCAUGAUCAUCCUCUUCCUCACAAUCAUCUCAUUCUCUCCGUCUUCGAUCGGCUUCUCGUUCCCUAGCUGUGCAAGCCCAAGCAGUAGUAGAAGAAGAAGAAGAAGAACAAUACCCUGAUAAGAAGUGGAAGGAAGGAAUGACGAAGGAGCUUGGCAGGAUUACGGAUGGCCUUUCCCUAAUAGGCAAGGAGGUCCUGAAACGCUCUCUGACACUUCCUAAUUCCGAUUUCCAAUCCCUAUUCAAGAAGGCUGUCCUCUCCGUCACCGACCUCUCCGGCCUCACCAGUGGCACCCUCCACCAGUUCUCCGGGGAGGACAAUGACCUCAACAGGAGACGCCGCGCCCUUCCUCAAUAUCAACCGGCCCCCCACAUUUCGUCAUCGUCGUCCCCAUCUCCACACUCCAAUUCCGAUUCCAAUUCCAAAUCCUCGGAUGGUCAGGAAAUUCCCCUUCCCCACCACAUACCCACACCGCCCUCUUCUGAUACAAAUACUACAACGGAAGCAGCUUCUCUCGUGGUCGUGGGUUCCAUAAACCAGGCUAAUCUUACUUCUAAUCAUACUAGUGCUGCUCGUGAUCCAAACAACACCAUCGAAGAUGCAAAUAUUGGCGUCGUGGAAAAUGAAGAGAAGCCUAUGGCGACGACGCCGACGCCUAAAAGACCGAGCCCGAGGAGGCCCAGGGAGCGCAGAGUUCCUUCUACGCCUUUUUCUAGAGCCAUUGGGUUUGCUGGCCUAGGAGCUGGUCUGGCAUGGGGGACAAUCCAGGAAUCUGCCAGGAGGCUCGUCUUUGGUAUGCCUAUCUCAUCAGACAAGCAAUCUGCUCUUUCACCAUUCUUAUCACAAAAGAAUGCAGAACGUUUGGCUCUUGCAUUAUGCAGAAUGCGUGGAGCUGCACUUAAAUUAGGCCAGAUGCUGAGUAUUCAGGAUGAAUCUGUUGUACCUGCUCCAAUAUUGGCUGCAUUGGAUAUUGUCCGUCAAGGUGCAGAUACAAUGCCAAGGAGCCAGCUGAAUCAAGUUUUGGAUGCUGAAUUAGGUCCUCAUUGGUCAUCCAAGUUGAUUAGUUUUGAUUAUGAACCAAUGGCAGCUGCAAGUAUAGGCCAGGUGCACCGAGCUGUUACAGACGGUGGUAUGCACGUUGCAGUGAAAAUUCAGUAUCCUGGUGUUGCUGAUAGCAUUGCAAGUGACAUUGAAAAUGUGAAACUACUAUUAGACUACACAAAUUUGAUUCCAGAAAAGCUUUUUAUUGAUAGAGCUAUGAAGGUGGCAAAGGAAGAAUUGUCUCGUGAAUGUGACUAUGAGUUGGAGGCUCAAAAUCAGAAAAGAUUUCGUGAUCUUCUAUCCAACACAGAUGGUUUUUAUGUUCCGAGGGUCAUGGAUGAUAUUUCAAGUAAAAGAGUUUUAACUACAGAACUUGUUCCUGGAAUUCCAAUUGAUAAGGUGGCACUACUAACCCAAGAGACCCGUAAUUAUGUUGGAAAAAAGUUGCUGGAGCUCACUUUGAUGGAGCUCUUUGUUUUCCGUUUUAUGCAGACUGAUCCUAAUUGGAGUAACUUUUUGUAUGACGAGGGAACAAGAACCAUUAAUCUCAUCGACUUUGGAGCUGCUCGUGACUACCCUAAAAGUUUUGUCGAUGAUUACUUAAGAAUGGUUCUUGCAUGUGCAAAUAGUGAUAGAGAAGCAGUGAUAGAGAUGUCACGAAGGCUGGGGUUCCUAACAGGAAUGGAGUCAGAGAUUAUGUUAGAGGCUCAUGUUCAGGCUGCUUUUGUUGUGGGAUUGCCGUUCUCACGGUCAGGUGGUUACGACUUCCGUUCUACUAAUAUAACUGAAAGCAUUUCUAAUCUAGGUGCAACAAUGCUGAGGCACAGGCUGACACCACCUCCUGAUGAGGCGUACAGUCUUCACCGGAAGCUUUCUGGUGCUUUCCUUGCAUGCAUCAAGCUGGGGGCUGUUGUCCCAUGUAGAGAAAUUCUACUGGAGGUGUAUGAACAUUACUGCUUUGGGGAAGAAGUUGGUGAGAUCUUCUCCAGUGGGUCAGUUAGAUGAGAUAGUAGAGGUCCAUUUAUAGGCUUUCAUAUUAAAUUGAUUUGAUUCACGCAAUAAUUUUGGGAAGUAAAUUUUCACACCUAGCCUAGUGUGUCUUCAUUAUUGAUUUCGGCUUGUAGCCUUGUGUCAGUUAAUUGCCUUGAGAGCGUAGUUGCACACUUAGUGGUGUUCUGUGUUGUGUGUUAGGUUCUCAUUGUCUGGUGCAGUGUUUCUUACAUCCGGUCCCCUUAUGUUGGUUGCUGUUGCAAGGGGGACAUCAUUCUCUUUCUAAACGCAAGUAGCUAGAUGAUCCAUUACUAUAUUUACAGUAUUCUAACGUUUAAAUAAUAUGUUUGAUGGUAUAAUGUACAUUAUAA